AUGGAAGUGGAGGACAGACACCUCGAUGUCAUGAUCGACAUGAUGAACGCUGUGAUAGACAAGUGUCAGCCGUUGAAGUAUUUGUCGCAACAGUUCUGUCCAAUCGAUAUGGUCUUCAGAUUGUCUCAAAUGAUAACUAUGUUUGAGAGGAAUAUCUGCAGCGAGUCGGCCAUCGGCGCUCUCUUGCGAAUGGAUCCCAACGGUGAGGGCUAUUGUCUGAGCGCCUGUUCCCUCAUAAAGCACUGGCUCUUAGAGUACUAUAAACCGAAUUUCGUGACCAUUAAUGGACACAAACUGCAGAACGGAUCCGAAGAAGAGGUGGUUCUCACGGCACUUAUGGUCUUAAGAGUGAUGUAUAGAAUGAGACAAUUGAUGGACAAAAGAGUGAACCGAAUACUGACUAAAGGGUGGAAAGACUUACGAGAAUUUGAUGAACAAUUGGACGACAAGUUUGACACAAAAAGUGUGACUUUUAUGUCACUUCUGGUGAAACACUCGACAAAACAUAAACUGAUUGUCACUUCAUAUGAAAAGCGAAUCAAUGAAUUGACUCAAGAAAACCGCAAAUUACUCGAAAAGAUCCGAAUCAGUGAACAGAACGAUGAAAAUCAGUUGUAUUUCAAGAAUUUGUCGCUUAAGAAGAAUUCGAGAAGUGAUGGUAACAACGAUCCGACACAAGAGAUACCAAUGCAGUCAACGGACCAAACGUUGGAUCUCUCGCUGAAGACAACUGCUGUGAAACAGUCGGACAAUACUGCAGUCGAAAGUGAGACCAAUGUUACGAAACCGGUUGCAACCCUCAGGAGUGAGUCGCCGAUUAAGCCGUUGAGUCCUAUGAGACAACCGAUACCUUCACCGGGAAGAGGAUCUCCGCGAAUGUCGGAAGUGUUGGUGAACUCAGAUGCGAACAAAUCGUUGAAAAUAACUUUCGAUGAAAUCCGAGCCGUGUUUAGCGAAUCCUCGGACUCGGACUUUGAAUACUUUGAUAACACGCCGACUGUUGCGACGAUACCGAAGCCAUUGUUUGAUGCAUUGGUUGCGACCAUUGAGACGUCGCAGACGAACGGCGCCGACAAAUGUGUGUUGCGGUCGAAGGCGAGUGCGACGAGCCGUUUGAACGCCAUUCAGAUGGCGAAGAGAGCGAAUCCAAAGCUGUGGCCGUCGAGGACUAAGAACUAUCCGCGCAAACGGCGCUAUCCCUGCAAAUGGACGAACUGUCCGUAUGUGGCCGACAGACCCUCCACUCUCACGCGACACGAGAGACGACAUACCGGGGAGAAGCCGUUUGCGUGCGAUUGGCCCGGAUGUACGAAACGCUAUAAAAUGAGCUCUAAUUUAACGCCCCAUAAGUUGACGCAUACGGGUAUCAAACCCUAUGUCUGUGAUAAAUGCCUCAAAUGCUUCACUUAUCCACAACACCUUAAGAGACACCGAAUCUCUUUCCACUCGAAACGGUCGUCCCCUCAGACCAGUGCUGCUGUCAGUCGAUUAUAA